CUGAUUAUAGUAUGUGAUGUUUUGUGCAACUUUGUUUGUUUGAGCAGUGUGUAACCUUGUAUAGGAAAGUCGCCUGAGGUUGACAAUAAUGUUGAUCUUGAAUCUAACUGGGAUAAGGAAGUGGAGAGCUUCGAUGAUUUGAAUCUGAACAUGGACCUCCUCCGUGGUAUUUAUUCUUAUGGUUUUGAGAAACCCUCUGUAAUUCAGCAGAAGGCUAUUCUUCCUGUGCUGGAGGGUCACGACACAAUUGCACAAGCUCAGUCCGGUACUGGAAAGACAGGUACUUUCUGUAUCGCUGCUCUUCAGAUGUUGGAUUUGAAUGAUCCUAGCACGCAGGUUCUGAUUAUGGCUCCUACUCGUGAGCUUGCUUUACAGAUCUUUAAUGUUUUGCGUCACUUGUCUCACUUCAUGAACGUGACGAUGCACUGCUGUGUGGGAGGAACUGCUCUUCAGGAGGAUAUGAAGAUGCUGGAGGGAAGUAUCCAGAUGAUUGUGGGUACUCCCGGCCGUGUAAAUGACUUGCUGCAGCGUGGUCUGCUGAACCUGAGCAACUGCAAGCUGUUCUGCCUGGACGAGGCCGAUGAGAUGCUCAGCCGUGGUUUCAAGGAGCAGAUCUACGAGGUGUUCCAGUCGCUGAAGGACAACGUUCAGGUUGCUUUGUUCUCGGCCACGAUGCCUCAGGAUAUCCUGGAUAUCUCGAAGAAGUUCAUGCGCGACCCUGUUCGCAUUCUGGUGAAGAAGGACGAGCUGACUCUGGAGGGUAUCAAGCAGUUCUACGUGGAGAUGGAUAAGGAGAGCUGGAAGUUUGAGACUCUGUGCGAUUUGUACGAGUCGAUCACCAUCGCUCAGGCCAUUAUUUACUGCAACACUCGCAGAAAGGUGGACUGGCUGACGCGUUCGAUGCGAAACAAGGACUUCGUGACCUCGGCUAUUCACGGAGAUAUGGAUAUGCAGGUCCGCAACUCCAUUCUGAAGGAGUUCCGAAGCGGCGCCAGCCGUGUGCUGAUCACUACCGAUCUUCUGGCGCGUGGAAUCGAUGUGCAGCAGGUGUCGCUGGUCGUGAACUACGAUUUCCCGACCGACCGAGAGAACUACAUCCACCGGUACUGCCAUCAACUUCAUUCUGCCCGAGGAUCGUCCCAUGAUGGAGGAAAUCGAGCAGUUCUAUCACACCACCAUCGAAGCCCUCCCCGCUGAUAUUAAAAAUCUCCUUUAAUUUUUCCUAGUCGUGGUCUGGUUAUAGUUCCAAUAGUAU